CUCAACAUGGCCAAUUUCAAAACCGUGAAAUGUACUAAUGUUUCUUGGUUACCUUUCUUUUGUUUAUUAAUACCUUCUUGUUUAUCCUACAAUGUAGUUAAUUUUGGGGCUAGAGGAGAUGGCAGGACAGACUCAACCAGAGCGUUUCUUCGCGCUUGGUCUGCUGCCUGCAACUCUGCUAGUCCAGCGAACGUUGACGUUCCACGAGGAACAUAUUUAGUGAGGACGUUGACUUUCAAUGGUCCUUGUCGGAGAAGAAUUAUGUUUCGAAUUGAUGGUACUCUCAGUGCUCCGGUCAAUUAUAACGCAAUUGGGAAUUCUGAGUUCUGGAUUAUGUUUUAUAAGGUAAGUGGGCUUUCAGUCUAUGGAUCAGGAGCUAUUAACGCCAAAGGACAUGGUUAUUGGUCUUGUCGAAAAAGUGGAGGUUCUUGCCCUCAAGGAGCUAGGUCAAUACAAUUCAUGUGGUGUAACAAUGUACUGCUGAGGGGCUUAGCAUCACUCCACAGUCAAAGAGUACAUGUGGGAAUAGGUUACAGCAGCAAUGUGAGAGUCGAGUAUGUGAAGAUAAUAGCCCCAAGUGGAAGCCCAAACACCGAUGGCAUUCAUGUACAAAACUCAAGGGGGGUUACCAUUUAUGGAAGCAUUAUUAAGACCGGAGAUGACUGCAUAUCUAUAGGCUCUGGCUCCAUGAACUUAUGGAUUGAAAAAAUUGGAUGUGGCCCUGGACAUGGCAUUAGCAUUGGAAGUUUGGGAAACAGCAACAAUGAGCCUGGGGUUACGAAUGUCACAGUAGCAAAUUCGGUUUUCACAAAGACGCAAAAUGGCGUUAGGAUAAAGUCUUGGGCAAGACCAAGUAAUGGCUUUGCAAAAAAUCUCAUGUUCAAAAACCUUAUUAUGAGGAACGUUGGGAAUCCCAUCAUCAUUGACCAAAACUAUUGCCCGCAUAAUAUGUGCCCUCGUCAGAGUUCAGGAGUGAAGGUGAGUCAAGUAACAUUCAAGAAUGUGAAAGGGACAUCAUCUACACAAGCAGCCAUGAAAUUUGACUGCAGUCCUUCAAAUCCAUGCACUGGAAUCAGAUUGCAAGAUAUAAAGCUCACUUACAAUGAUCGCAUGAGAAGGCCAGCCUUUACUUAUUGUAAAAAUGCAAGGGGAAGCCAUGGUGGCAAAGUUAUUCCUAGGAGUUGCAUCUGAGGAUAAAACACCAAAGAUUUACUCUUCACACGUGCAUAUAUUUCCCAGGGACAAAAUAAAGAAAAAAAAAGGGACUCCCUCCUUUGUUUUAGUACCAAUUUCUUAAUUGAUUUUUUUAGAAUUGGUAAAUAUCUCAAUCUUAGCUCU